GAGUUGUACCAACUUGCUCCUACAUUAACAUCAACCGCCAAUACCGACGACCUCAAUCAAAUCUCCGUCCGCCUCAACUACUCGUCCCCUACUUCCCCUUCCCCCAUUCCGCACACCAAACCGUCACAAUGGGUGCCGACGAGAAGACGCGUGUUUCAGGCGAGGUUCCUCGUGGAGAGAACGGCUCUAUCCUGCCUACCACGAACCAGGACGCUGAGAAGUCCUCUCCUCAGUCCAAGGGUCCUCAGAUCCAUCCCGCUCUCUACGUCAUUGUCUGGAUCUCGCUGUCCUCAUCUGUCAUUCUGUUCAACAAAUGGAUUCUCGACACCCUCAACUUCCGCUACCCGGUUAUUCUGACAACCUACCACUUGACUUUCGCGACCAUCAUGACCCAGAUCCUCGCUCGCUGGACCCACGUUCUCGACGGACGUAAGUCGGUUAAAAUGACUGGUCGUGUCUACGUGCGUGCCAUCGUGCCCAUCGGCGUCUUCUUCAGCUUGAGCUUGAUCUGCGGUAACUUGACCUACCUGUACCUGUCGGUCGCUUUCAUCCAGAUGCUCAAGGCCACGACCCCCGUCGCUGUCCUCCUCUCUGGAUGGGCCCUUGGUGUCUCUACGCCCAACCUCAAGGUCUUCCUGAACGUCUCCGUUAUCGUUGUCGGUGUCAUUAUCGCUUCGAUGGGCGAGAUCAAGUUCGUCUGGAUUGGUGUCAUCUUCCAGAUUGGUGGUGUCAUCUUCGAGGCCCUGCGUUUGACCAUGGUCCAGCGCCUGCUCAGCUCUGCCGACUACAAGAUGGACCCCCUGGUUUCCGUCUACUACUUUGCUCCCAUCUGCGCUGUCAUGAACUUGGCUGUUGCUCUCAUCUGGGAGGUUCCCAAGGUCACCAUGGACCAGGUUUACAAUGUCGGCCUGUUCACCUUCUUCCUGAACGGUCUCUGCGCCUUCCUGUUGAAUGUCUCCGUCGUCUUCUUGAUCGGCAAGACCUCUUCCCUGGUCCUGACUCUCUGCGGUGUCCUCAAGGAUGUCAUGCUGGUUGCCGCCUCCAUGGCCAUCUGGGGCACUCAGGUGUCUGGUCUCCAGUUCUUCGGAUACAGCAUUGCCCUCGGUGGCAUGGUCUACUACAAGCUCGGCUUUGAGCAGAUCAAGGGCUACAUGGGCGAGGGCGGUCGCCAGUGGGCCGAGUUCGGCCAGCGUAAGCCGAUUCUCCGCAAGCUCACCAUCAUUGUGUUCUCCGCCUUCGUGCUCUUCACCAUGCUUGGCGGCCUGGCACCGACGUACGCUCCCGAGUACGACCCUCACAACCUCAUCAACGAGGUCAACAGUCACUUCGGCAGCAGCAGGGCAUAGGUUAUAGGAUAGAAGGCGAUAGCAUCUUUUCUUUAGCCUGUCA